AUGGCACAGCGGGGUUCUCUGCUUUCGACAGAAAAUAGGUUGCUAAAUGUCUCAAUUGCCAAAAAGCCAGAGACCGAGAGGAUAACGGAACGUACGCAGAAGACAGUUAAGCCUAAAGAAGACCUUAAAACUCAUCUUCCGAAUACUUCCGCUACUCGAGGCGUUUAUGAAAAUUUCCAAGACUGGUUUGCACAUCAGGAUGCGCUCAGUCACGACGAAUCUGUCGAAUUUUCUCUGCCUGAAAUUGAGACCAAUAAAUCGGCUGAUAUUAAGGACGUCAGGGGAAAUGUAUCAGCGGAAGCUGAUCUGUUGAAAGAGAACCUCAUAAUUCUUGUUUCUGGCACAAUUGUUCCCAGUUUGUCUUUCAAAAACAAAGCUAUUCGUAAGACGGCCAUGGAAAUGUUAGACGAGCUUUCUAAAUCCGACCCGGAGUUUGUUCUGAAGGUUGUCAACAAUAUAGCACAAGAACUGAAUAUUCGUUUUACGACAAACUUUUUACUGGCCUACGCAGCUGCCAACGAGGCUUGUAGACCGUACAUCGGAAAAUAUUUUUCCUCUUCGAUUAAUCUACCUUCAGACUGGAUGGAAGUUGUUCAGACCUAUGAGUUAGUACAAGACCCAUCUGCUAAGCGCGGCAGCCUGCCACAGGCCCUUCGGAAAGCUAUGAAGUCUAAAUUCAAGGAAUUCGAUCAAUAUCAGUUAGCCAAGUACAACAGGGAGCUAAAAGGGGAAACAAAACCCGCGAAGAACGCUUCGGAUACGAAAAGGGAAAGAAAUGAAAGUGCAUCAUCCAGCGGGGACGAAGCUGAACCCGUACACAAGCGACCGCUGACGCUUAAGAACUUGAUACGCCAGUUACACAUAUCUGAACCAAAGGACAACGUCCUGUGCCUUUUGGGAAAAAGAUACCCCUCUAGCGCUCAGGAGUUUCUGCAAUGUGGUCUCAGUGGAGAGUGGCAACCAGAGUUGGUUGGCACAAAGAUGAAACUUCCGGUGCCGUAUACAUGGGAAACGGAGCUAUCUAAAACACCCAUUAAAUCACAGAAGGAGGCAUGGGAACGUCUUAUUGAUUCACGCAAACUACCCUACAUGGCUCUUAUGAGAAACCUACGUAAUUUGCUCCUGGUGGGCAUUGGCAGUGAUCAGAAAACCCAGGCUAUCAAGCAUUUGACCAACAAGGGUGCCGUGUCGUCCUCCAAGCAGAUGCCAUUCCGUUACUUUGCUGCGUACAGUGCCCUCUCAAGCGUUGUGGCCGUUACACGAAAACAAGCUAUAAAGCAAGAGCGCUUGAAGAACGUAAAUAUGGCGGAGCUGAAAGAAUAUACUCAAGCUGUUGAAACGGCGUUCGAAAUUGCUGUGCGAAAUAAUUUGCCCGUCGUCCAGGGAUCGACUCUUAUCGUCAUUGACCUAAAGGAAAUCCCCUCGGAGUCCGUUAGUUCUUUUGGCCUCCUUUCCAACAGUCCGGUAGCCCUGAAGCUUCUCUUAGGCUUCAUGUGCAUGACUGCCUGCGAGCACUUUGAGGCCUACAUUUCCGUGCAGGGAAAACUGUUCAACACGUGUCACUUCCGCAAGUUGCUUCCCAGGGAAGGAGAAAUGCUGAAAACAGUGAAGAAGGCGGAACAGCUCUUAAAGGUUUGUCAGCCCCUCCUCACCCCCUACCCUUUAUGUUUCGAUCGUUUUCUAGCAAAUUCUUGA